CCGUACCGUACCGUACCCCGAGGGUCUCGCGAGCGCGCACGCGUGCGAAACUGCGUGGGAAUGGCUGUUCGCGCGACCGAGGGGGUUGGGCCGCUCGCGGAGAGCCGAGAGCUGCAUGAGUUUGUAAUGUCCGCCAUGUUGGCCAUGGCGCACUGAACCGGGGAGGAACAGCGGAGCCUAGGGGAGAGACGAGACCGACAGCGAGCGAGCGAGACCCGGGCCUGCCCCCGGCGCCUAAUCGCGCUGCUACGGAACCCACAGCCCUGCGCUCCUCACUCGACCGGCUGACUCCCGGAGCACCGUCACAGAUUCCUCCAUGAGAACUCGAGGCGGACCUGCAGUCAUUCCGAGCGGAUCGAGUAGAUUUAUGCUGCAUCUUGUAAUAUAAAAUUAAAAAAAAAAAAUGAGUAAAUUGUCGUUCCGGGCUCGGGCGCUGGAUGCUAGUAAGCCCCUGCCCGUCUUCCGCUGCGAGGAUUUGCCGGACCUGCACGAAUAUGCCUCGAUCAACCGGGCGGUGCCGCAGAUGCCCACCGGGAUGGAAAAGGAGGAGGAAUCGGAGCACCAUCUCCAGCGGGCCAUCUCGGCGCAGCAGGUGUAUGGCGAGAAGCGGGACAACAUGGUGAUCCCCGUCCCCGAGGCAGAGUGCAACAUCACGCACUACGAGUCGCUCUACCCCGGGGAGUUCAAGAUGCCAAAGCAGCUUAUUCACAUACAGCCUUUCAGUUUGGACACGGAGCAGCCAGACUACGACCUGGACUCGGAAGAUGACUCGUUUGUGAAUAAGCUGAAGAAGAAAAUGGAAAUCACCGCCCUGCAGUUCGAAGAGAUGAUCGACCGACUGGAGAAAGGCAGUGGACAGCAGCUCGUAAGUCUGCAGGAAGCCAAACUGCUGCUGAAGGAGGACGACGAGCUGAUCAAGGAGGUGUUCGACUACUGGAGCCGCAAGAGGAAAACCUGCAAGGGCGGCUCCCUCAUUCCCAACGUCAAGCAGGAGAAGAGGGACGGCUCCAGCACCAGCGACCCUUACGUGGCCUUCCGCCGACGCACGGAGAAGAUGCAGACCAGAAAGAACCGAAAGAACGACGAGGCGUCGUACGAGAAGAUGCUGAAGCUGCGCCGGGACCUGAGCCGGGCCGUCACCAUCCUGGAGAUGAUCAAGAGGCGGGAGAAGAGCAAGAGGGAACUGUUGCACCUCACACUGGAGAUUGUGGAGAAGAGGAAUGUCAUGCCAGACUUGGGCAGCGAGGUGAUGGCGGAGGCUCUGGCGCAGAGGGCUCUGGUGAAGCCCGUCUACACCAUCCCCAUCAUUCCCCUGUCCAACAGUAACCAGUACCGACAUCAGGACCACUUGGACAUGAAGGACUACAAGAAGCCGGAGAAGACGGAGGCAGUUCGAACCAAAAGGAAAUACGAAAAGAAACCCAAGAUCCCUCCGCUGUCGGCGCCUCAGCACUCGGGGCCCUCGGUUUUCAACCCCAAGGACCUCAACCAGUACGACUUCCCCAGCUCGGACGAAGAACCAUUCUCACAGAUCCAUUCAGGUUCCUCGGAGGCAGAGGAGGAGAAUGACCCAGAUGGCUGCUACGCGUUCAGGAGGAAGGCCGGCUGUCAGUACUACGCGUCUCGUCUGGCCCGGAGCGGCAACUGGCCCUGGGUGAGCCCAUCGGAGGGCGGGCUCGGCGACCCGCGCUUCCGCUACUGUCUGACGUCACUGAACACGCCGCGGCGCUGCAUAGGAUUGGCGCGGCGCCGCGUGGGCAGAGGGGGCAGGGUUUUGUUGGACAGAGCGCACACGGAUCUAGACAACAUCUGUCAGAGCCUGGCCUCCGACCCGCCGCCUGAACCGCUCACCUCACCGCUUCCAAGCUCUCCGCUUCGCAACUCCAACGCCAGUACCUCAGAAACCAAUACCUCGGACCCGGCCAGCUCCUCCCACCCUCCCACCUCUUCAUCAACCCCGUCGUCCUCGUCAGCACCACCACCACCACCACCACCAACAACAACAACACCUAUGGACCUCAGCCAGAUUCUUUUGAACAUUAAAACUUGCCGCUGGAGGCACUUCAGACCACGGACGCUAUCCCAUCACCCCUCGGGUGGAGGAGACUUGUCUCGCAGAGGAUUUAGGGAUUGUAGCCGCUCGGUGUCGGGACUAACCCGGACCCUGUCCGGAGGAUCCAGCUCCCAGAGCCGCGCCGGCUCGGCCCCCACCCCGGUCAACGUGUUCACAGCGGAGCAGUACCAGCAGCACCAGGAGCAGCUGGCCCUCAUGCAGAAACAGCAGCUGGAGCAGAGCCAGCAGCAGCAGCAGCAGCAGCAGCAGCAGCAGCAGCAGCAGGCCAACAAGCCCGUUACCGCGACCAACACACAGGCACUCGUGUCCAAGACGUUGGACCAGGCCAGCGCCCAGUUCGCCGCGUCGGCCCUCGUCACCACGGACCAGCUGCUGGCCUUCAAGUCCAAAGAGGAGCUGGUGCUGGCGAGCGGAGUCAACGGGGUCAUGGCAGGCACUGGUGUUUUCAAAGGUUUGCACCUCUCCAGCACGACCACGAGCCUCCACCAGAGCAACCAGUCGACGCACACCACCGCCUCUGCGGCCCCGACCUUCCUGCAGCCCUCCUCCAACCCGGCUGCGCCCUCGCCCGCCAGCGCCGUGCCCACCUCUCUCACCUCCACCCCCAGCGCCCACACAGCGGCGGCGCUGGGGCUGCUGGGAUGCGGCGCCGCCAACGCCAGCUCCGCCACCACUCAGGUCCUCAUCGGGAACAACAUCUGUCUGAGCGUGCCGUCGGCCGGGCGCCACAUCCCCCGGACCCUCGGCAGCGUGCCGCCCUCUGCCUUAAAGCUGUCUGCCACCACCAACCUGCAGAUGCCCAAGGUCUCCGGAGCGUCGUCCAUGGACAUGGGCUCAAGGGAUAAUCACGACGAAGACAAGCCAGCACUGAACAGUAUAGCAGACAACACAGUGGCCAUGGAAGUGACGUAGUGGCAGAGCGGCGGAGGGUCCGGGCUCCUCUUCGGGUGCUGUGCAUCGUAGCAUCAGGAAUGCAACAAGGGAGACGGCAGGACUCGGGACGCAGACGUGACGGAAUGACUUGCAAUUCUUCAUCUCUCAUACUUUUUAGAAAAAAACUUUUUUUCUGUUUUUUGUUUUGUUUUGUUACUGUUCAAAAAAAAGUUAAAAGAUUGACAUCUGUAAAUUAUGAAUAUGGCAAAAAUUAGUAUCUUGUACAGUAACUACAUAUUUGUAAUAUCCCCCAUGUAUAUAUAUUACUUGAAUACAGAAACUGUCCAUUUGUGAUGUUUUGCACUUGGGAGUCAAUCUUAAAGGAAGAAGAAGAAGAAAAAAAAAAAGUAAAGCCCAGUGGAGUGUGGCUGUUGAGUGUGAGAGCUGAGGGAGUUGUAUAGAGAAGAGUUUUAUCACGUGCAUGGUGCGGAGCCUGCUGGUUUUAUCUAUUUAUUGUGCUGUGUUUACAGUUUUAUUUUGUUUUGUUUUUUUGUUCUCUAAUAUUUUUAUUUUUGGGGUUUGUUUCGUUCAAAUUUUUGUUAUUUUUUUAUUUGUACACUGUACCUUUGUUGGUUCAUGUGCUGUAGUAAAUGUUAGGUAGUUACGGACUCCUGGGUAUUUUUGUAUAUUGUGAACACAAAGCAGGCCCCCCCACCCCCCUACACACACCUUUAUUUUGGGUCCUUGUGCUUCUCUCUGUCAAUCAUGUGAAAAUCAAUGGUGACUUACCUACAGAGGAUGAAGAGGAGGAGAAGGAUGAAGAGGAGCUUUCAUCAGCAUUGUCCCAAACACAAGUAACAGAACAGGGAUGAAGUCUCUUCCCAGAAGCUUUUGCUGCUUCUGAUUAAAGCACUAUAUAUUUUGUUUUUCCGUUGUGACGUGUUUUUUUUUUUUUUUUUUACAAAAAUCAUGGUUUUGAUAAAUAUCCUAAUGCUGCUUUUGUAUUUUUUUGUUUUUUCCAAAGGGGUCGUCCGACAUUUUUCAUGCAAGCGGACGUCCCCCCUCCCCCUCGUUCAAUUUGGUUUAUCCCACCAACAUUUUUGUAAAACGAAACAAAAAAAUGAGUUAUUUUUGUAAUAUUUUCCUUUUUUUCCCCCUUGUUCUUGUGGUGAACUUUGAUUGUAAGCUCUUCGUUUAUUGAAAGACUUCAUUCUUUUGUUCGUUUUGUUACUUGUUCAUGCAUAGGGUGACAUAAGGGAGGUGAAUGGGCAGUGGUCGCUGUACGUGUUUCAUCAUUCCAGUUUUUAAAUAACAGACACACACAAAAAAAAUGCUAAUGACGGCGGACAAGAGGGACUUGUCUCCCCCCCUUUUUUAAAAACACUUUUUUUAAUUAUUUCUUUUCUUUUCUUUGAAAAAAGAAUCUCCAGACGGCUGCAAGGCCAAAAACCACAAGUAUUGGGUGCCUUCCUUUGGGGAAUUAAAUGUUCUCUCUUCUGUGAAGAGUUAGGCACAAAGGCAGCAUUACUUAGUAGUGCUUCUCGUCUUUGUCUGCAGCUGAAUGCCCAGUCCACUGGCAGGAUAUAUCCUUGAGGUUUACUUGUCCCACCUGGAGGCUGAAAAGACUAAAAAAAAAAAAAAAAAAAAUGUGACGGAACUCUCACUAAAAUAAGACAAUAAAGCCCAGGGCAUUAAAUGUGAA